AUGUCUACCAGAUCACCGGAAACGCCCAACCCCGAACCACCUCCUCCGCCGAACACAGUCGUCCCACACGUGUUGUGUCAUUGCUGUUCUCGUAUCGUCAAGAAGUCCAACAUUAUUCAGGCACUCGCAGCCGACAGGCUUCAUGAGUAUGUGGACACCAUUGAAUCAAAUUUAAAGAAAGAGAUCUUCCUCCACAAUCCCAAUCCCAGCUAUAUAUUUGAGUCAAGCGCCGCUGGGUGCCAUCUUUGUUCCUUGGCUAUUCCAAAGGAUGUCGAUCACUCCUUCUCUGGUCCUCAUCGUUUCUCUACCUCGACCAAUUCCCCAGAGGCAGUGUCUGUCGCACGGUUGUGGAUAGAUCAGUGUAUCCGGAAUCACCCCAGAUGCAACCGAAACCCGUUCAAAACGGAAAGCAAGGAGCAUGAGCGGCUUCCAACAAGGCUAAUCGACGUUGGAAAAGCCGAUGAAGAAGCAGCACCACGAUUGAUUCUCACAUCAACCUCCGUAACUUCCUCAAUCAAAUACCUGACAUUGAGUCAUUCAUGGUCUAUAACUUCAACUGAGUGGACUCUGAAACUGACGAGUGGAAAUAUACAACACCUUCAAAAGCAAAUACCCGUCAAAGACGUCCCGCAAACGUUCCAGGAAUCCAUGGAUUUAACACGACGACUUGGAUAUCAAUAUAUCUGGAUUGAUUCGUUAUGCAUCAUGCAAGAUUCGGAAAGUGACUGGCAUAGGGAGGCCCUUACCAUGAGUCAUACCUACGGCAACUCAACAUGCAACAUUGCCGCUUUGGGAGUCAACGAAGCCGACGCUUGCUUUGUGCAAAGGAACCCGCUUCGCCCGUCCUGGAAACCGACUUUCCCAGGAUUAUACGGUAUUCCAUGCCGGAUUACACCACAAACGAAUGGGAGUAGCGUCUAUGCCGAUCGGCAUCCAACUUGGGAACCGUACCUCUUUAGGCGAGGCUGGGUAAUGCAAGAAAGACUUCUAUCUCCACGCGUUAUUUACACCGGAGCCGAACAACUGUGCUGGGAAUGCUUCAAAGAUUAUGGUCGCACCGAAUUCACCUACGAAUCAGACAGGCUCAUCGCUCUUUCUGGAGUGGCGAAGGCUAUCGAACAUAGCAAAGGAUUCACUUACGUGGCCGGAACAUGGAAGGAGCUCUGGCCCAUGGACUUAUUGUGGUACAGGCUGUACCUGAAUCGUGACCGCAAGGGGACACCCAAGAAGGAACUAGCGAACCGUUCGCGAUCGAAAGCCCCUUCGUGGUCCUGGGCUGCCGUGAAACGGGACAGGGACGGGGUGUUUCGCUUCAUAUGUUACGAUUCCCCCCACAAUACCGACCACAUCACCUACUUGGCACAGGCCAUUGAUUUCACCAGCCCCACAUCUACAGCUCGAUAUACUGGUACGGGGGCGAAUGAAGACAGAAUAACACUCACCAUAAAGGGUGGAGUUAAGAGAGGGGUGGUGAGUUUAUACAGGGGCACCUCUGCAUUAAAGCCCUCGUUUGAACGCGGAGAUUUUAGUGUGCAAUUCAGCGACGGAUCCGAUCACCCUGGUUAUCGUCCUUCUUGGGACCAAAUUCCAAAGGUGGGCGACUCAGUGCUCCUUUUAUACUUAAUGAAAGGGAAAUAUAGCACCCCGACCGAACACCUCUGCCAGUGGGGACUGGUCCUGAUGCUGGAGGAGGGCGCACAGAAUCAAGACGGGCAGCUUUGUUACAGACGCGUGGGCUUGUUCCGUGAACUUGAUUGGGAGGACGGUAACAACUGGGAGGAGGAAACUGUUUGUCUCUGUUAAUGGCUCAAAGAGAUAGGCACAGGGCAGAGAAUUGUGCAGGCCAAGGGGGUAGUCUAGUGAGUGCGAGACUGUGUCGUGGCUUGGAUCAUUGAUGGGACUUGCUCUCGAUGGAUGUUAGAACCUUGAUGGCUUCUUUUCUUUGAUGUUAAGUUGUGAUAGGGCAUGAUAAGAUUUUGGUAGAAAUACUGUGGGC